CAUCCUAGGAAACUUAUCAGGUAUCCACAGAGUCUGUUUUGAUUCCAGCUAAGGCUCUCUUGAUAUGUUCAGUGAAUCCAUCACAGCAAUAUUGCUAGCAUUGGUGUGGCACUGAGACAAGAGUGGUCUAAACAGCAGAGGAAGACUUCUGUGUGUCUGACAAGAGUACUGAAGACCGAUGGACUCUAUAGAAGAUAUUGAAUGUAUUAAGCCCCUGCUUCAAUACAAGUACGGAUGCCUAGUCUCAAAGGUUAUGUUUACUGCUGCUGAGCUGGGAGUAUUUGACCUUCUUUUGGAAUCAGGCAAACUCAUGCCAUCAACAACUAUUGCUGAACGUCUGGGCACCAGCUUCACUGGGAUGGAGAGGCUGUUGGAUACCUGUGUGGGCUUAAAGCUCCUGCGAGUGGAGAGGACGGGCAGCCAAGCUCUUUAUGGAAGCACAGAGUUUUCCAAUCUCUACCUUGCUGAAUCGAGCCCAAAGUCUCAGUAUCAUCAUAUGAUGUUCUUCUCUGAAAUCACAUUUCUGAAUUUGAACUACUUGACAGAUGCAGUGAGGCAAGGAAAAAGCCCAGUUGGGAAAAUAUAUGGCGAUUCAUCUAGCAAUUUAUUUGAUGUCAUUUUUAGGUCAGAGGGCGAGAUGAAAAGGUUCUCUCACAGCAUGAAUUCCAAUUGGCAUCUGUGCGGCAGAGAUGUGAUGGCUGCCUUCAAUCUUUCUCACUUCCCACUCAUUUGCGAUUUGGGAGGAAGUGGCUGCGGCUUGGCUAAAGAAUGCAUUGCAUUGUAUCCAAACUCUACGGUGACCAUUUUCGACUUACCCAAUGUGGUGGAAAUGGCAAAGAAGCAUUUCGUAUCCCCAGAAGAACACCGGAUUACUUUCCAUGAGGGGGAUUUUUUUAAAGACCCAAUUCCGGAAGCUGACCUCUAUAUUUUGGCUAGGAUCCUGCAUGACUGGGACGACGAGAAGUGUGUGCAGCUGCUAACCAGACUCCACAAGGCCUGCAAGCCUGGUGGUGGAGUGUUAGUGGUGGAAGUAGUUCUCAACGAGGACAGAAGUGGGCCAUUGGAAGCACACCUCCAAUCCAUGUUGAUGCUGCUUCUUACCGAAGGAAAAGAGCGAACCCCUUCAGAGUACAAUGCACUCUUCAGUGCUGCUGGCUUCAAGGAGGUUCAGCUAAAGAAAUGCCAACUCUAUGAUGCCAUUUUAGGAAGAAAAUAAUGUUUCCCCUGCAUCAUUCUUGU